GAGAGAGAGAGAGAGAGUGAUGCUUCAAGAGGGGAAAGAGUAACAGGGCGAGGCAGCGGCGUGAGGCGUUGAGUGUGGGUGAGCAGGAGGGAUACAGGGAUGCAGUCAUGUCUCCAUGACAGGGAGCAGCACAGCAACGGUAACCAUGCUGAGCCCUAAGAUAAAACAGGCACGCCGGGCACGCUCCAAGAGUAUGGUGUUGGGGGAGUUGUCCCGGGUGUCCAGGCCGUGUUCCCCUCUGGAUCAAGAGAAAGCUCUGAAGGCAGGCUGGCUGAAAAGACAACGGAGCAUCAUGAAGAACUGGCAACUGCGCUGGUUCGUCCUGAGGACUGAAGCGCUGUACUUCUACAAGGACCAGGAUGAAACCAAAGCCCAGGGCUGUAUUCCUCUCCAUGGCAGUCAGGUCAAUGAACUGCCUGCCAAUCAGGAUGAGCCUGGUCGUCAUCUUUUUGAAAUUGUUCCAGGAGGGAGUGGAGAAAAAGAUCGAACUGGUGUAAGCCACGAAUCUUUCCUGCUGAUGGCUAAUUCUCCAAACGACAUGGAGGAAUGGGUCCGAGCCAUACGCAGAGCCAUAUGGGCGCCUCUCGGAGGGGGGAUUUUUGGGCAGCAUCUGGAGGAGACGAUGCUGUAUGAGGGCCAGUGUGGCCCCCAGCGACCCGUCCCUCUGCUGGUGGACCAGUGUGUGUGUUUCAUACGUGAGCUGGGGCUCGAGGAAGAGGGCCUUUUUAGGGCCCCCGGACAGACCAAUUAUGUUCGAGAGUUGCAGGAUGCAUUUGACCGUGGUGACAAGCCAGUGUUUGACAGUAGCACAGAUGUCCACACGGUGGCGUCACUAUUAAAGCUGUACAUACGGGAGCUGCCUGAGCCUGUCAUCCCUUUCUCCAAAUACACACAAUUUCUCUCUUGUGCUCAGCUGCUCACAAAGGACAAAGAAAUGGGCAUCAUGGAGCUCGGCAAGCAGGUGAAAGCUCUUCCUCAGGUCAACUACAACCUCCUUAAAUACAUCUGCAGGUUUCUGGAUGAGGUUCAGUCACACUCCAAUGAGAAUAAGAUGAGUGUUCAAAACCUGGCCACUGUGUUUGGACCCAAUAUCCUUCGACCGAGAGUUGAGGAUCCAGUUUCCAUGAUGGAGGGAAGCUCACAGGUGCAGCACCUAAUGACUGUGCUGAUCAGCGAUCACUCACGCUUCUACCAUUUAGAGGAACCUGGUGAAACGGAGAACACGAGCUCCCCACAGCUCCAGCAGAAUCCCAUCCAACGCUACCAAGUGGAGUGGGUUUCACGUGAAGAGAGCGACCCUAAAUCUGAUGCAAACGGUGGAUCUAAAACCAUUAAAGAUGAACUCCAGAGUCCUGUACCUUCUACAGACAGCAAGCUGACUGUACCGAACCCUGUAACAACAUCGAAUGAUCUUAUUGAAGAAACGGGCAAGAUGGAAGAGAAAAUUGAUGAAAAAGCAGAUGGAAAAAUGGAGAUAAAAUGUGGGAGUGAAGUAGCCCUUAGUCCCACUAAACAAUCCAAUGCCCCGCCUUCCUGGAAGGGCUCCCUCAACCGCAGCACAGCGUCUGGGGGGCCGAGGGCAAAAAUGGGGGGAUCAGCAGGAGAUGUGUCUGCAGCUGGCGGAAGCAACUGGCUAAUGAACGGUCUGUCGUCCCUCCGAGUUCACAGACGCACCACCUCAUCUGGUGAGCAACUAAAAGACAGCACAGGUUCACUCAAGGACUCACACCGAGGCUGCAAUGAAGACUCUGCCCAAACAAGCAUGUCGCACUCCCACAGAACCCUCCAUCCAUCUCACAGACUAUCUGCUUAUGACAACGUCGCCCCCUCUAGUCUGAGCUUGCCUGCUGACACGUCUUCCAUGUGGACCUCUUUUGAGAUCUCGCUGGCAGAUGGAAGCGAUAAGACAUUAAAAUCAAGCCAGAAGCAAGAGAAACCCACAGAAGCAAAGACCGGUGCAAAUACUCAGCAAUAUCACAGCACGAACAGCCCUGAGAAUCACGACACAGGGCAAGGAUCAGGGAAAAACAACGGUCUCACCAACCAGGUCACGGAACUCAAGCAAGAGCUGAAGAAACAGAGAAUGACCUAUGAAACCCGCAUUCGCAAGUUGGAGGAGUCCUGUUCUAAAUACCAGUCCCAAGUAGCCCGGCUUGAGGAGGAGCUCGACCAGGAGAAGAAGAAAUUCUACAUGCUGGAGAUCCGACUCAGGAACUCAGAAAGGGCGCAUCAAGCUGCAGAGAACCGCAACGUUCUCCUCCAGAAGGAGAUGGAGGAGUUCUUCAAAACACUGGGAGAUCUAACCACAGGGACAACUCAGACCAACUAGACCAGAUCAGCCUGCCUUCAUGUGGUCUCUCAGAGGAGGUGCUUAGUUACUGGAAAGACCUGCCAGACCCAAAGCUUUGACGACC